CCCGACCUUAUCACCGAGUACAUGCAGAAACACAAGGAGGAGGUGAAGAAGAAGGAGGGCAAGAGGAGAGUUGUCAGUGAGGCCUCGGGAGACUCAGAGGAGCGAAGGAGCAAGAGGAAGAAGGAGAAUGGAACGGAUCGCAAAUGGAUACGGAUGAGAAACGUAAAAAAAGCUCAACCCUAGCUGCUCCCUCAGCCGAAUGAAACGGAGAGUAGGAGAGGGACCUAAACGUGACCACUGUCAACACUGUGACAAAUCCUUCACAACAUCUGGAUAUUUAAAGAUUCAUCAGAGAGUUCACUCUGGAGAGAGUCUACACAGCUGUGAUCAAUGUGGGGCAGCUUUCACACGACAGAGUACCCUAAAAAUACAUCAACGCAUUCACACUGGAGAGAAGCCUUACAGCUGUGAUCAAUGUGGGGCAGCUUUCACACUACGGAGUACCCUAAAAAUACAUCAACGCAUUCACACUGAGGAAAAGCCUUACAGCUGUGAUCAGUGUGGUAAAACUUUUACUCAUAGCGGUAGCCUUAAAUCUCACCAGAGCGUUCACACAGGAGAGAAGCCGUACUGGUGUGAACAAUGUGGGGAAACCUUUUCUCAUAGUAAUGGCUUUAAAUCUCACCAGCGCAUUCACACUGGAGAGAAGCCGUACUGGUGUGAUCAAUGUGGUAAAACCUUUUCUCAUAGUAAUGGCCUUAAAUCUCACCAGCGCAUUCACACUGGAGAGAAGCCGUACUGGUGUGAUCAAUGUGGUAAAACGUUUUCUCAGAGUAGUAGGCUUAAAUCUCACCAGCUUGUUCACACUGGAGAGAAGCUGCCCUGGUGUGAACAAUGUGGGAAAACCUUUUCUAGGAGUGAUUAUUUAAAAAGCCACCGACGUGUUCACACUGGAGAGAAGCCCUACUGGUGUGAACAAUGUGGUAAAACCUUUUCUCAUAGUCAUGGCCUUAAAUCUCACCAGCGCAUUCACACUGGAGAGAAGCCGUACUGGUGUGAACAGUGUGGUAAAACUUUUUCUGACAGUAGUGCGUUUAAAACUCACCAGCGCAUUCACACUGGAGAGAAGCCGUACUGGUGUGAACAAUGUGGUAAAACUUUUUCUGACAGAAGUAACUUUAAAUCUCACCAGCGCGCUCACAUUGCCUCGUAGUGAACAUGUUUCCGAGCCAAGCUGUUUCCUCCUGCCUCCUCCUCAUGCCCUGAUAGCUGUGUUGUUAUUUUCUGAUUUUCUCUCCACAUUGAAGGCUGACCAGCAGUAACUUUAUCUUCUGAACAGGAUGUAUGUUAUCCUGGACUACACAUUAGGCUCCCUCCCUUUGAAGGGAUUUAUUCCACUCAGAAUUAGUUUGUUUUCCUGUAAUAAAAUUCAGGGAUCAACUGCUAGUGCUUUUUAACUAAUGCUGCAGCGAAGAAGUGUUUGUUGUUGUUAAUUAAUCACCUUGUAAAUACAAUUUACAAAAAUCCCCAUCGCUGUUUACUAAGGUUAAGACAAAAAAAAAGAAGCAAACCUUCAUAACUGACCAGCUUUUAUCAGAACAUGGCUGCUGCUGCUUAAAAAAUGACUUGAACAGUUAGGGCCCUAUCUUGCACCCAGCGCAAUAGCCUUUGUACACCGACGCAUGUAUCAUUCCUAUUUUGCACCCGACG